UCUACUCCCUACGGAGUACCUAGUGGACUGAAAAUAGUAGCACUGACCCCAAAGCCGGAAGCCUUUGUACUGAGAACGCCACCGCACGUGACUCUGGGCCGCCUCAGCGGCAACCCGACUUGUCAGCUUCAUCCAGACAACAACCGCCGUUACCCUACAUCCCGGUUCUUAUCAACCUGCCAUAGCUACCGCUUCAUUCCCGCCGUCUACGUCGAUUUCAGUGCUCCGUACUCUCUGUCUGCGGCGCUUUUUCGUCAAAACAGAGCAACCCCUAGUGCACCCGCGAGGUCAUCUGGGAACCACCAGAAUACUGUUCAUUCAUAG